AUGGAGAUAGAUAAUGGCAUAACAAUUCCUUCGGUGGAGGCUUUAGCCAGGAGGGGAGUUCUGGUUGAAGAUGACGGUUGUAGUUUCUGUAACGAAGGCAUAGACUCGGUUUCGCACAUUUUCACGGCUUGCCCGUUGGCGUUGGGGUUAUGGGAAAAGAUUAGUUUUUGGUGUUGCGUUAGGAAUUUUUUCGUGUUUUCCUUUAAAGAUUUACUGGAGCUUCACUCGAUUGGAGAUAGAAGAAAGUUGGAGAAAGAGGUGCUUUACGGGAUUAUUAUCACCGCCUGCUGGAUUUUAUGGAAGGCUAGGAACAAUCUUCGUUUUAACGGGACAAAUUGUAAUGUCGAAGAUAUUUUUAGCGAGGUUCGGGCUACUAGUUUUCUCUGGUGUAAACAUAGACGUUUUAACGGGACAAAAGGGAAGUUAGCGUGGGCGGAUUGGUGUAAAUUUGUUAAUAUGUAG